UGAUGGAGAGGAUUUCGAAUGACAGCCGGGACAGUGGUCAUCACAGGCGGUAUUUUAGCUACAGUUAUCUUACUGUGCAUCAUCGCAGUACUGUGUUACUGUAGACUGCAGUAUUAUUGCUGUAAGAAGGAGGAGUUGGAGUCGGAGGAGGAGGAGCCCGACUUUGCAGUGACGUCCCGCCUCCCGCCAGUCCACUCCAACCAUAACAUCGUGGCGGCGUCGGUCGCCGCCUCUACCCCUAACGGCCCCGCCCUCUUCACACCGCCUUUAGCGCGGAAACUAACGCGCUCGCAGACAUUUUGCCCUUCGUGCACACACCAUGAUGUGCCCUUCUACCUGCAGCAUCCGGACGGCCUGCGGAACGGCGGCGACCGCAUCAGCUACCGUAGCAUCCAACAGCAUGACCUGGAACUGCCCUUAGAAAUGCCCAGCUACCACAAACUGAACCUGACCCGGUCAGUCACCAUGAGGGACAUGUUCAACCGCAGCUGCAGCAUCAGCACUGACGUCUAGUGGUAUCGGCGACACCCCGUGGCAUGAAGGGCUCAUGGAAACAGAUAGAUAAAUACAAUGGGGACAGAUAGUGGGACUGCAGCUCGACAACCACAGCUCCAUGUCCCUCGGUCUUAUGCUGAGAUAUAACCGCACAUUAACUGGUGAAAAUAUAAGCAUAAAAAAAAUCCAUCCUCUCCUCAUCCGCUUGGUCUGUGGUGAGUAGGAUGUUGACCCUCAAAUAAAACAGUUUCUAUUCUGUCUGGACUCGUAUUGGAUUACCCUAAACCUAAACGGUCUAACUAAACCACCCUCCGGUCUAACUAAACCACCCUCCGGUCUAACUAAACCACCCUCCGGUCUAACUAAAUCACCUUCCGGUCUAACGAAACCACCCUCCGGUCUAACUAAAUGACCCUCCGGUCUAACUAAACCACCCUCUGGUCUAACGAAACCACCCUCCGGUCUAACUAAAUGACCCUCCGGUCUAACUAAAUUACCCUCCCGUCUAACUAAAUGACCCUCCCGUCUAACUAAAUGACCCUCCAGUCUAACUAAACCACCCUCUGGUCUAACGAAACCACUCUCCGGUCAAACUAAAUGACCCUCCGGUCUAACUAAAUCACCUUCCGGUCUAACUAAACCACCCUCCGAUCUAACUAAAUGACCCUCCAGUCUAACUAAACCACCCUCCAGUCUAACUAAACCACCCUCUGGUCUAACGAAACCACUCUCCGGUCUAACUAAAUGACCCUCCAGUCUAACUAAACCACCCUCCAGUCUAACUAAACCACCCUCUGGUCUAACUAAAUGACCCUCCGGUCUAACUAAACCACCCUCCAGUCAAACUAAACCACCCUCCGGUCUAA